UGACAGGGCUGUCCUGUGCACAGUGCAGUGCAUCAGACCCCGCCUGCAGGAGCGGAAACAUCCGACCCACGGCGUGCCAACGAGGGGAGCGUUACUGCUACGUCAUCAAUGUCUAUAUCAAUCACUCCCAAGGGACGUACCGUGGCUGUGCCGACAGGGAGAGAACCACCGAAUGCAUUCCCAUCAACAUCAGAGACAGAUCAGGGACUUCCUGUGUUAACGUCUGCGACUGGGAAGGCUGCAAUUCUUCCCACGGAAACGUCCUUUCCAUUAUACAGAGAAAGAGAUGA